AUGAAGCAUAGCGGAGGAGGUGAUGAAUUUGAAGAACCUGAGCAUCUUAGAAAAUUAUUUAUCGGUGGUCUUGAUUACCGCACCUCUGACAGCUCCCUCAAAGCAUUUUAUGAACAAUGGGGUGAAAUUGUUGAUGUCGUUGUUAUGAAGGAUCCUCAGACGAAGAGAUCCCGAGGCUUUGGCUUUAUAACAUAUUCUCAGGCACAUAUGGUGGAUGAUGCUCAAAAUAAUAGGCCUCACAAAAUAGAUGGAAGAGUUGUUGAACCUAAGAGAGCUGUCCCUAGGGAGGAAAUUAAAAGACCUGAUGCUAGUGCCACAGUGAAGAAAUUGUUUGUUGGUAAUUUAAGGAAUGAAAUUGAGGAAGAAGACCUUAGAAAUUAUUUUACACCAUAUGGUAACAUAGUCUCAGUGACUGUAGUUACUGAAAAAGAUACAGGAAAGAAAAGGGGCUUUGGUUUUGUUGAAUUUGAUGAUUACGAUCCAGUUGACAGAGUAUGUUUACAACAAAGCCAUAAAAUAAAUGGCCGUCGCAUAGAUGUUAAGAAAGCACUGUCAAGGACUGAAAUAGGUGGUCCUAAUAUUGGUGGAGGUGGUAGUCGACGUGGUGGCCGGAGUGGUCGUGAUGGCGGUUGGAACAGCCGACAAGACUGGGGUGGUGGUUAUAAUUCUCGAUAUGAGGAUGACAAUGGUUGGAACAAUCAAAAUCCUUGGGAGUCUAACAAUCCUCAAGGGAAUUGGGAUAAUCACAAUCAAACUAUAAUACACAACGCAUUCAACCUUAUAACACUGGUGGUGGUGGAAAUAGCCAUUAUAAUUCUACGGGGCAUACUUCAACUAGUGGAAACCGCCGAUACUAGAAACAACUUUUGUCUUGUGUCAAGUUGCACUAAGUGGAAGCUAGGCAGGCUGAUGGUAGAG